AUGCACUAUAUACGCCUUCUUGCACCGCCCAAGUUGGCGACAAGCGGCUCCAAGGCUCGACUAGACCUCGUCAUCACAAUAAAUACGGACCUGAGCGACUCGCUUCUCUUUGUGCAAGAACCUCUCGAGAUCAUCAUUACGGCUGAAGUGGCGUCCUCCUCCGGCAAGACGACGUGGGCUCUCACUGGACGUGGCCAGCUGGUUUGGAAGCCAGGCAUGAGAAUCCUCAAGCCAAACCUCAAUCUUCCCUUACAGUUUAUAAAGGCGUUGGCGGCCUCUUCCAAGACCGAAAUAUGUAUCAGUGCUAAGCCAGCGCUUUCAGCGACGGGGGUGCAGAGCAUACUCAUGGAUUCAACCAACUCUGUCCUGGCCGAGGCUGGGCAGGGACUAAUCAUGCCUGUAUGGGCGGAAUUACGCAUCAAGGGGCAUAAUGAUGAUCACGUUUGUACACGCAGGCUAUAUUUGAGCGGCACAAAUGAAAGAGGAGAGUUUCUCGAGAUAGAGGAAGAGCUGGGUGAGAGCAUGGCUCGCCAUGUCUGGGAUGGAGGAGUUGUUACACUUUGCGCUGUCGCCGGCAUUCCCGCAGGCAAAAACUACGUUUCGAAUCAAGGGGUGACCAUGACCGCCAUGCGAGACAUAUUGUGCACUGCCGGCGAAUUGAACAUUCUGGAGCUUGGUUGCGGUGUUGGCACAUUGGGCAUUGGUCUCUUCUCUGUGCUUCGACAUAUGCGGCCGGCUGGGUCUGGAGGUUGUACCGUCUUGCUGACCGACUUGGAAGAUGCAGAAGCCCGGACAAGAUGUAAUAUUUCUCGCUUGCAACAUAAGACUCACAAGACUGGAGAAGACACCGCCCAACUACUAUACGAGAAUCUGGAUUGGGAGGAUGGCAGGAAAGGCCGUUUCGGGCCGCAAGUUCAAGCCCGGCGUUGGGAUCUAAUCGUGUUAAGCGAUUGCACGUACAACGAAGAUGGGCUCCUCUCCUUGGUCGAAACGCUGUCAGCCUUGCAUGCUUCUAAUGUGAACAAGGCCAAGGCCAAGGGGGAAUCGUCAUUCACGACCAAGGUCUUUGUUGGGACGAAGCCCCGGCACUCUUCCGAGAACGCAGUAUUUGGCCUUCUUGAUCAAGCGGGCUGGAAGACGCAGGCCAAACAAGUAUUGCCACUCCCUAUCCUAGGAUUGGAUGCUCAAACAGUCGAAUUGUACCUGUUUGAGAAGUCAUGA